AUGCCGCCACCUGUACAGAUCGCUUUCAAGCGCAUCGGAGAGCCCAAGGUCGGCGAGAACGGUUAUCUGGGUUUCACCCCUGGCCGCGAGGAAGUACACAAAGCUGACAUUUUGGUCCAGCACGACGUCGAAAUCAUUGUCCGUGAUGGCGCUCGCCUCUACGUCGACAUCUACCGCCCUGCAGGCUCAGACGAGAAGAUACCCGCAGUCUUGAGUUGGUCGUUCUAUGGCAAGAAGUACAGCGCUCUUGACAUGCUUCCAAUCUGUGUCUGGAAGUGUUGUGUUACCGACAAGAUGCUCAGUGGCCUCGAGAAAUUUGAAGGUCUCGACCCCGCACAUUGGUGUCCUCGUGGCUACGCAAUUGUCAGCGUAGACUCCCGUGGUGCCGGCAACAGCGACGGUCAGAUUGCUGUCAUGGGCACCCAAGAUGCUGAAGACGGAUUCGAUGUCGUAGAAGCCAUCGCCAAGAUGGACUGGUGCAAUGGAAACAUCGGCAUGGCUGGCAACUCAGCUCUCGCAAUCUCACAAUGGAACAUCGCCGCUCAACAACCGCCAUCUCUUAAGGCUAUCGCACCCUGGGAGGGUAUGGACGACAUCUACCGCGAGCAAUUCUGCAGAGGUGGAUGGUUCUCCAUGAGCAAUUUCGACCUGAUCGCAAAGGCUAUCGUCCGUGGUCAGCCGAAUGCCGGUCUUGAAGAUCUGGAAGAGAUGUACAGACGUAAACCUGCCGGAAGCGCUUUCUGGGAGGACAAGAGAAUCGACAUGAAGAAGAUCAAGUGCCCUGUCUACAUCAGAGGCUCCGAAGUCAGCGCUCUUCAUACCAUGGGUUCGAUCAGAGGAUGGAUGGAGAUCCCUCAUGACCAGAAAUGGAUCCACUGGGGCAGCACCCAGGAAUGGUAUGAGCUCUAUGGUCAACCAGAAUCAAACGACGAGUUGCAAAAGUACUUCGACCGUUUCCUCAAGAACAAGAAGAACGACUGGGAGUCUACCCCCAGACUCAGCUGGUCUCUACUUCAAUUCGGCGACCGCCCUGCCAUCGAGCACGUUUUGAUCGAGGAUUUCCCCGUCCCAAACACAGACUACAAAGAAUUCUACCUCAGCCCAGACAACAAACUCGUCGACAAACCCCUCUCCUCCCUCCAAAAACUCACCUACGACUCCGAACAACAUCUCAGUUUCGCCAUAUUCACAAAGACCUUCGACAAACCCACUUCCCUGCUGGGUCUGCCCAAAGCAAUCCUCUACGUUUCCUGCGCCGACACUUCCCGCGACGACUUUACCGUCUUCAUCAUCCUCCGCAAAUUGGACAAGAAUGGCAAAACGCUAUACCAUCUCAAUUUCCCCAUCGAGGCCACUCCUGUCAAAUCAAUCGACGAUAUCCCAGAAAAGGAAAUGGCCUCUUUGAAUCUCUUCUCCGGCGCUACGGGAAUCCUGCGUGCUUCCCACCGCGAGAUCGACGAGAGCAAGAGUAUCCAUCCGCAAUUCCCCUUCCAUCCUCACAAGCGUCAGCAAAAGCUCGGCCCCAAUGAGAUUGUGAAGCUUGAAAUCGGUAUUUGGGCAAUGGGUGUGCAUUAUGAUGCCGGUGAGAGCAUUUCUGUACGAAUCGGUGGACAGUAUCCUAGUAUUGCCGAGUUUACCAGUUUCUCGGGUCCUAGACCUGAGCAUGAGUUGAACAGGGGAGAACACAUUAUUCACUCUGGUCCUGAUCACCCGAGUAGAAUCAUUCUGCCUUUUGUUGAGGUUAAUGUUUAGAUUGUUUCUCAGUUUUCAUAGAUAUACCAAUCAUAUUUCG